AUGAAGCUUGCCCUGGAGCUUGUCCUCCUGGCCUCGGCCGCCAUGGCCGCCAGCCUCCCGCGCGCCCACUGCCCCGCCAAGGGCUGCUACUCCGACCCCAUCCACCCGAGCUGCCCGCCCGACCGCGCCUGUCCGCAGUACAUCAUUUCCGCGACGGCGUGCCCCUGGCCCUGCGGGAAGGCCAAGGACGCGCCGCCGGUGCCGCCGGGGUGCUCGCAGCGCUGCAAGCCGUGCAAGCAGGAGGUUUGCCCGCUGGUGUGCCAGUGCGAGAUCAUCUGCACGUCUGGGCCGUGCCAUUCCAGUCAGGCGGUGCAGUAG